GAGGGCAGGACCUGGCCUUGCAUCCUGACCCCAUUGCCUCUAACUCCCAGCACUGAGCAGCCCUGAGGACCGUGGUGUGCACCCCUAUGACUUGGCAUAGCGUCAUAUCCCGCUCAGCCCAGCCAGACAUAAUUAGCUUGUUGAAUCUCUUCUCCCUCUGGCUUCACAUUAAUCACUUCUCACACUGCUCCCCUCCCAACUCCCUCUGGCUGGGCUCUUGCCUCCUGUCACUGAUGUGCCCAAUGAGGGGACCCCAAACUGCUGCAUCCCACGCUCUCCUCUCUCCUGCCUUGCUGGGUCAGGCAUUGCAGCUGAGGGAUGUCAUUCCCUGCUGCACUCUGGGAUCUGCAGGAGCUGAAAACAGUAGGCAUUAUCCUGCUGCUCUGCUUCAGCUUCAAGCUGCUCCAUGUCUUGGGCAUUAUCCACCUGACUGGAGGAGACAGUGUCGAGGAUGAGUUUGAGCUCUCCACCGUCUGCCACCGCCCCGAGGGGCUGGAGCAGCUCCAGGAGCAGACCAAGUUCACCCGCAAAGAGCUGCAGGUCCUGUACCGGGGCUUCAAGAACGAGUGCCCAAGUGGCAUCGUUAAUGAAGAAAACUUCAAGCAGAUCUACUCGCAGUUCUUCCCACAAGGAGACUCCAGCACGUAUGCCACCUUCCUUUUCAAUGCCUUCGACACUGACCACGAUGGCUCUGUCAGCUUUGAGGACUUUGUGUCUGGGCUGUCCAUCAUCCUGCGAGGUACCAUUGAUGACCGCCUGAACUGGGCCUUCAAUCUCUAUGACCUGAACAAAGACGGCUGCAUUACCAAAGAGGAAAUGCUGGACAUCAUGAAAUCCAUCUACGACAUGAUGGGCAAGUACACCUACCCGGCCAUGCGGGAGGAAGCACCCCGGGAGCAUGUGGAGAAUUUCUUCCAGAAAAUGGACCGAAACAAAGAUGGUGUGGUGACAAUCGAGGAGUUCCUGGAGUCUUGCCAGAAGGAUGAGAACAUCAUGAGGUCCAUGCAGCUCUUCGACAACGUCAUUUAGCUGUCUCCAGUUGAGCUCUUCUGACAUCGGGCUCAGACCCCACUCCUCUCUCAACUUCUCCUUCCAGCCCUUCCUGCUGCCAGCUGCCACACAGAGACAUGGUCAGCACCUGGAUGUAUCCUUCCCCCAAGGCCAGCCCCGCUUUCCUUGGGGGCCCCACACAAAAGUGCCACCAAAGCGUGGGCACAGCUGGCAUGGGGCAUCCGGCCUAGGUGGGCUUCUUGCACCCGAUCCUAGAGGGAAAGCCGCAGCCUUGGGCUGCCAUAGGGCCUUCCCUGUGCCCCCACAUCAUGACCCCCCCAGCAGCCCCAGCACCGGCUCCAGCCUAGACCCUCCAGCAACACUUCUAGGAACUAAGAAUCUCGCAGCAGGCAUCAGCGCCUCAGCUUCCUCCUGUGCCCUGAUGUUAGGGACACGUCCCCUACAUGGGACAUGAACCACUUGUCCCCCUCCUCGCUCACUCAGGGUGCCGGGCUCCCUGUUCGUCGCUAACAGCUGCCUGGAGCUGGGUGUGCACUCCUGUCCCACCCACAUAUCCCUCCAAGUACUGUUUGGGGGCUAUUGUCUCCACAUCAAACUCCUGCUCAGCCCCACCGGCUUCAGGUCCUAGUCCACAGCCUGGCCCAGCUUCUCCCAACACUGUGUCCAGAGGGGCAGCAGCGGCUGGGGUCAACGGGGAAUGGGUGAGCAAGGCUGUGCACCACACCAGGCUGAGCCCUGGUAUCAGAGCCGUUCGGACCCCCUCACAGGGCCCUGAGCCUCAGCUGUGGAGCAGCCCCCACUGCUCCAGGCUUGGCUUGCGCAGACGUGAUGUUUUUUAGCUCCGUCCACCACAAUGUUCAUCUCACAGCCCUGUUCCUGGGUGGGAGGGCAGGUAACCCCAACCCCAGCACCUCCUGUCCUGCUGGGUGCAGAGGCCCUCCAUCUCUCCAUUCCCCCAUCCCUCCCUCCCUCACGCUGCAGUCGCAUGGCGUGACCCCCGCCCCAGGGCAUGGUAAACCACAACCCGCUUGGCAUCUCCAGUCUGUAUAUUUUGUAUUAUAACGAUAAGAUGGGUUAAAAAAAAAAAAAUGGGGGGAGGGGUGGGGAGGAAAAAAGAAAAAGACAAUAAAAUCUAACCACGAUCGCUAUGCACACUGCUGGUAUUCCCCUCUGCCUUUGUCGGACGUUUGGAGGGGGGAGCUGGGGAAACAGGGAGCACGGAGGCCGGCCCACGGCUUUCUCUGCAGUCCCCGAACCCCAAAACCUCUGAGCCUCCCCGCCGGCCCGGCUCAGCGCGCCGCAGCAAAUCAGGUCAGCGCCCAGGGGAACUCGCGCAACAGCGGCACCGCCGGCACCGCAGCGAACGCAAAUGCAAACGCGCACGCGCACACCCAAGGGGCGUCCGCGGCGCGCACGCGCAGCGCAGAAGUAAACACUUAAUUCCCACCCCUUCCCC